CUUCAUACUUUCACAUUAGUCACACAGAUAACUCAAAAUCACAAAAAGUACAAAAUUUAUUCAGUAAAAAUGGAGAAAGCAAUUUUGAUAUUCAUCGGCUUUGUACUUUUCUCAGCAUGCACUCAAAUUCUAGCAGAAUCUUGCAAAGAGAACUCUGAUUGUAUUCAUCUGAAGUGUGUAACGAAGGUUAGAUGUGUGGAAAACACAUGUCAAUGCAUUGAUGACAAAUAUGCGUUUAAACCACUUGAUGCGAAUUGUGAUGUUGCUGCUUGCAGUGACUUGUGCAAGACAAAAGGUGAACAAGCUUAUGCUUGUAUCUUAAACCAUUGUUACUGUCGCAAACCUCCUAUGUAAUAAUUAAGUAACUACAGGCUUAAAUCAUUGUACUUGUUUGCAUCAUUCAAAUGAUGUUAAUUCACAAUCCUUCUAUGUAAUAUUUUUAUCUCUAUCAAGAACCAAACAAUAAAAUAUAUAAUAUUAAAUUUUUAAUUCUAUAGAGUUUAUAAAAUGAUUUAG